UUUUCAUUUGUGACAAUAAAUCUAUUAAAAUAAAGUUUGUUGGAUUCAAAGCAAAGAUGGCCGCUUCCAUGUAAGACAAGGUGCUGUAUGGAUAUCCAUGCCAGGGAUCUUCUAGAUCUUGCUUUCUUCUCAUCACCGCAGCCCUGCUCCGGGUCUGCUUGAGGAGUUCUACAGGAUGAGCCGCACCACUAAUCUCCUGCAGCAGAUGACCAUCUUCAUCACCGUGGUUACCGGCGGAGGCUGCGGGAUGAUGUACUACCUCAUGCAGAAAAACUUUGCAAAAUCGGAAUACUAUCGAUCGGCAGUCGAGCAGCUAAGUGAUCACUCCACAGCCAUGGCCAACCUCGGAGCACCGCCCUUAAAAAUCCACAACAUCCAUCUCACAGAUCGGUACAACCGCGUUGAUCACACCAUCGCCCAGUUAAAAAUCCCUGUGACUGGGCCAAAGACUGGAGGCUACCUGUACACAACAUCCAGCAGAGACGCUGUUAUGAACAGGUGGCAGCUCCAGCGAGUGGCUUUGCAGCUCAAGACCGGCGAGACCGUCCAGAUUUUCCCUAGAACAGAAUCUGAAUAGAUUUUACACAUUUGUAGCUUGUUAGGAUGGUUAUGAAUUUCAGAUAUUGAUAAACAGAUAUGUAAAUGAUUUCAUUAAAACAAACGUACACAAAAAAUCCCAGGAUGUUCUACACAUUAUUGUAAAUUAUGCCAUGCAAACGAUUAGAUGCUUUUGUGACUGACCUGAAAUUCAAGAAGCUGAAAAUUCUUGUAAAUGAAUCUAAAGGAAAGUUGUAAAGUGAAGGUCUUGUGUUUUUAUUAGAAAAAAUACAGUUUGUCCACAAGCAACUUUCCAUAUUCCAGGAUGCAAAAUCAAAGGCUUGCAAUGUAAGUGCGUAUAAAUGAUUUAUAUGCUUAUAUGACGACGAGCCAAUGGUUCUGGGGUGCAAAAAGGAAUGGACAAGUAUGUGAAAUAAAAUAAAAAUAAAAACUUCUCUCAACUGCUA